AUGGAGGUGGAGGCGGCGGGGCCGGAUAAGCUGGAGCCUCCUCCCUCGCCGGUGGAGGGGGCCGGCGAGAAUGGCGCGGCCACCAAGCUGCAGAAGGUGUACCGCAGCUACCGGACCCGGCGGAAGCUCGCCGACUCCGCCGUCGUCGUCGAGGAGCUCUGGUAUGGUAUCUUCUUCGGAUCCUUUUCCUCUUCUUCUCCAUGGCCCAUGCCUCUGCAAGAGCGUGAGCACUAUGAAUACAUCAUUAACGAGGGAAAAGUUAUCCAUAAACAGUCUGGAGAACCACUUGAUACAAGGGGUCCUAACGGGACUAAAUGGAUAUUUGUUAUGAGUACAGCAAAAAAACUUUAUGCUGGCAAGUCCAUCUGGGCGUACAGCGGUCACUACAAACCUAGUGCAGAGAACCUCCACAAUAUCAUGAACUUACUUGAAGAGAAUGGAGUUGACCUCAAAGAAGUUGAGGUGCGCUCAUCCACCAGAGAAGACUACAACGAAGAUCCAGUGCCUAAUGACUCACAGAAGUUUACUUCAGCUAUCAUGGAACCAGAUCUUCCACAAGUGGUUCCCCCUCCAAACACCACAGAAGGCAAUGAAGGAGACAACGCUCCUGAAGAACAAGCCAGGCCAACCUACCAAAGGACCUUAUCGGGUGCACUGCAAAGAUCACAUGCCUGGUUUGUCCAUGCUGCUUCUCCGCUGUCCUGUGGUUCCAUUCAGAGAAGCACAGUGCAAUGUUCUCCAACUGAAAUAGGCUAUGGGCAGAAUCUGUCACAUUUCAGAUAUGAUAGCUUUGAAGCAGAUGUGAUAGUAUGUUUCAUUACCGUGGUUAAGGCAUUACAUGUGUCAAUGUUCUCCAACUGA